CAUGACGAUUUUUUUUUAUUUUUCGCUGUCAAUUUCCCAUGUCGUAGCCGCCCGCCACCUUUUAUCUGUGGUUUCAUAGCCCGCUGCCUAUCAACGGAGUUCCGCAACACGGGUCAGGCUACUGUGGGUUACUGUGGACACGGGUGAAAGACGGAGCAAGGAGGCGAAGGGAUAGUUUUGGAGCUCCGACAAGCUCCAACGCUGGUGCCUCAUAAGUGCACCCCAAGGCUGCAUAUCCUGGAUUGCCACCAGGAUACGAGUACUACUUUACUUUGCUCACCAAUCCCUCGUGUGGACAGAAACGACCCUGCCUUUGCAAGCUAUUUCAUCAUGGUCACUCCGAUCGUUGUUAUCGGGUACGUUGGGCCAACGAAAGAUUCCAAUUUCGAGCCGCUGCUGAUACGACAGUUAGAGCUGGGGUGUCUGGCUUGACGUCGGCCCUUUUGCUUUCCCGCAAAGGGAACUAUCCAGUCACAGUAGUUGCUGAGUUCAUGCCCGGGGACUCCAACCCCGAAUAUGCGUCACCAUGGGCGGGUGCCAAUUUCAUUCCACUUCACCCCGAUGAUGAAAGCCAACGCGAACGACGCACAUGGCUCGAGCUCCGACGUCUUGCUACCGAAGUUCCCGAGGCGGGCAUUCAUUUUCAACGGGUCAAACUUCAACGGCGAGAUGAAGACCUGAAGGACCCCGAGGCCAACUUCCAAGGGGCCUUUGCAGAGAAUCCCUGGUUCAAAGAGCUUUUUGACGACUUUCGAGACCUCACCAAGUCCGAGCUCGCCCCUGGGUACGAUGCCGGCUGCCAAUUUACCACUGUUUGCAUCAACACCGCGAUUUACCUCCCUUGGCUAUUGGGGCAAUGUGUGAAGAAUGGCGUGACAUUCCAGCGGGCCCGCCUGUCCAACAUUGAGCAAGCACGGAACAUGAGUCACACGGGAAAGCCAGCCAAAAUCAUAAUCAACGCAUCCGGUCUCGGCUCCCGAAGUCUUGGUGGAGUGAAGGACGAAAAAAUGCUUCCCGCCCGUGGACAGACGGUGAUCGUUGAAAACACAAUCCCCGCGAUGAUGAUGUUUUCCGGCACGAAUGACGGCCCCACCGAAGAGACAUAUAUGAUGCAACGCGCCGUUGGCGGCGGAACCAUCCUUGGAGGAACAUACGAACUUGGUAACUGGAACCCAACUCCAGAUCCUAACAUCGCGACGCGAAUCCUGCAGCGCAUCGUGGAUGUCUGCCCCGAGGUUGCAGACGGGAAGGGCUUGAAGGGGAUGCGGAUCAUCAGACAUGGCGUCGGGCUUCGUCCGUUCAGACACGGCGGAGUGAGAAUUGAGAAAGAGCAGUUGAGACAAGAUACAUGGGUCAUUCACAACUACGGUCAUGACUCAUGGGGCUACCUGGGCUCGUAUGGCUGUGCUGAGCAAGUUGUCAAGCUGUUUGACGAGGUUUCCAGGAGUUGUCCAUGGGACGCGGUGUCGAAAGCACGAUUGUAAUAUGUAUCAACACUAAAUCGUCAUGUAAAUAUUGGAUGGACAUGGAUAUAUUAAUAGGAGAUAUGAAGCAGAAGUCGCGAUCGAGCUAUACAAUUCGAGGCCUGCGUGAAACGAAGGAGGCACACCGAAUACCCCAAUCUACACAGCCUUUUGUACAAGCACUGGGGGAAUUAAAU